CCUCUCCCGUCCUCCGUCUUCUCACUUGCUCAGAGGACCUUGUGGAUGAGCUGUGCGGCGCGCCGUAUCUCCCACUGGCGCAGGACAGGACGCUCGCCACGCCUUCAGGGACGCGCUCUUUCACGGCGUCAGCUCUCCGUCCGCGGCCGGGACAUCUAACAAGCUAUACUACCGACAGACAUUUUCAGACACUUUAAGCAAUCAGACCGAGUCCGGCUCCACUUCUCCCACUGAUGCCAGUGGAACAGGCUGUUUUGUAAGCGCUGAUUAAUUUGGGAAUACCUGGAGCGGAAGAUUUAUUGAUUUGACAUCGGAUACAAAUCGGGAUCAGAGAUGGGGAUCACAGUGUAGUGCUGACAGGAAUGCCCCAGACUGUGUGCUCAGGCACCAUGUUCACCACUCCCAGUGGCUUCAGCCCCCAUCUGGCCUGUGCUGAGCCUGGGGAGGAGGAGGAGGAGGAGGAGGCCCAACAGGAGGGCCCGGGGCCUGGUGCUUGCCUGGCUGAUGGUCCCCCGAUCACUUCCGCCUCCCUGGACACCCUGAUCCAUAACCUGGUGCCCACUGCUGAUUACUACCCUGAGAAAGCCUAUGUGUUUACCUUCUUGCUGAGCGCUCGUCUGUUCAUCCCGCCUCCGGAGCUGCUGGCCAGGGUGUGUGAGCUGUGCAUCAAGCAGCAGCAGCUGGAUCAGAGCCCACUCGAUACGGCUAAAGUGCGCAAGUUUGGUCCCAAGAUCCUGCAGCUGCUGACAGAGUGGACGGAGACAUUCCCGACAGACUUCAGGGACGAGAAGAUGGUCGGGCACCUGAAGGACAUCGUCCACAGGAUCGCUCCUUGUGAUGAGGCGUACUGGAAAACCCUGAACCAGGUGUUGCAGAAGCUCAGCCAGCGACUGGCCCUGAUGAGCCAGGGGGAAGAGAGCAUCCUCAAGGUCUCCCUCAACGCCUCCUCCAUCUCUGACAAGCUGGUGGCCUUCAAAACCAAGCCCCCGCACAUCCAGAAGGACAUGCUCUCCAUCUGCAACGACCCGUACACACUGGCACAGCAGCUCACCCACGUGGAGCUGGAACAUUUGAGUCAUAUUGGGCCGGAGGAGUUUGUCCAAGCCUUUGUUCAGAAAGACCCGCUUGAUGGAACCCAGCCGUGCUUCAGUGACCAGAAGAAGAAAACCUCCAACCUGGAGGCUUAUGUCAGGUGGUUCAACAGACUGUGUUACCUGGUGGCUACUGAAAUCUGCAUGCCGGCGAAGAAGAAGCAGAGGGCCCAGGUGAUAGAGUUCUUCAUUGAUGUUGCUAGGGAGUGUUUCAACAUUGGAAACUUCAACUCCCUUAUGGCCAUCAUCUCCGGUAUGAACAUGAGUCCUGUGUCACGGCUGAAGAAGACUUGGGGCAAAGCCAAGACUGCCAAGUUCUUCAUUCUCGAGCAUCAGAUGGAUCCUACAGGAAACUUUUACAACUACAGGACCGCCCUGAGGGGGGCCGCCCAUCGCUCUCGGACUGCCAACAGCAACAGAGAGAGGAUUGUGAUUCCCUUCUUCAGUCUGCUGAUCAAAGACAUUUACUUCCUGAAUGAAGGAUGUACCAAUCGGCUGCCCAACGGCCACGUCAACUUUGAGAAAUUUGUCGAGUUGGCACGGCAGGUCCGGGAGUUCAUGACAUGGAAACAGGUGGAGUGUCCAUUCGAGGAGGAUCGGGCCAUCCUUCACUACCUCCACACUGCUCCCAUCUUCAGCGAGGAUGGACUCUACCUUGCAUCCUAUGAGAGUGAGAGUCCAGAGAACCAGGUAGAGAAGGACAGAUGGAAAGCACUCAGGUCGAACGUUCUGGGAAAGACAUGAGGCACUGACGGCAGACGGCCAGCGAGAGAGCAUGUGUUCUCAUUGCACUAAAAUGAACUGUGAAGUAACCUAGCUGGUACUUAGGUGUUUUUCUAUCAAGAAAUUAUGAAAAAAAAAAAAGAAACAAGAUGAACGGGAUUCAUCAAGAGAAGUGUAAAAAAAAGACAAAGAACAAAUCACACAAAGUGAAUUGAAAAGGUUAAGCUAUGGAAAUGAUGAGGUACAGUACGUUGGAGAGGGGUACAGCCUCUCCUUCCCCCUUCCCUCCAUGUGUGUUUACUCUGUGAAGAUAUGUUUACUACUACAGAGAGUACAGUUACAGGGAAAACCACUUUAUAUAAUGAAAUUCCUACUGAUUGUCGUUUUUGUAUUUGCUCCUCUUCCCUUUUCUCUCUCUCUCUUUAUCUUCGCCUUUGGUCCAAAGCCUUGUCUAGGUAUUUAAUUUGACUUUGUUUUCCUCCUUUAUGUGUAAUGUACUGUAAUGAAACUUACAAUGAUGUGAAGGGCGCUGGCUAGCCCGUAUCAGCUGUCUAAUUUUAUAGGUCUACUGAAGGAAUGGCAACUGUGUGUCCACGGGAGGACAGAGGACAUGCCUUGAGCAUUUCACCAGUUCAUCUCACGUGUACUUUUGUGUGUGCGGGUUUGUUUGUGAUCCAGAUAUUCAUGCGUUCUUGUCCAUUCAGAUUGUCUUGUUUUGCAUGAGAAUGACUGGAAAAGGCUGUUUAUUGGUCACCUCUCCUUGUAUUAUAAUUUAUUGUAUCUUAUUUUGGGAGGCGGGGAAUAUGAACUGUUUAAAAAAGUGUUUACUACUUUUAAGUGUAUUGUGCCAGUAAUGCGAGACAACUACAGUUUAACUAAACAGUCACAGCGGGAGCGAGGCCAGGUGUAGAUUGUGUACAGGUGACAUUUACCCCUCAUCUUUCUGCUCUUCAGGAAGUUUUUCUCUGACUGACGUUCAGUUGUCUGAUAUAUUUAUGGAGAUUUCUGUGCUGACAGAUUUAUAGUUUUUAUUGUAACUUUCCUUUACUGAAUAUGAGGUCCAAUAGCAUGCUACGACAGGUGUUUUUAAAGGGGCAUUAAGCGCGUCCACCUUGAAAAGAGUACUACCGCAACACAAACUUGAUGAUGCAUCGCUGCAUCCUGUGGAAGGACAAUUGGAGAGGAUGUAAAGUAAAGAGGGAAACUUGUGCCAUAUGAAUAACUGGUUGUCAUGACAAUUCAGGUUCCUCUGACUUGAAAUGUGUUAUUUAUCGUUUUGUGGGAUCGUCACUGAGCUUUGUUUUUGGCAGUUUCGUUGUGAUUCGGGAGCCAUUUUGGAGGGUUAUGGGGAACUAUGUGAUUAUAAGCUUUUUAAAGUCUUAUUCAGUUUGCUAUAAUUGAUUGAUGUCAGUGAUUUCUCUUUAGAGGCACCUUUCCCUGUCAAUAACAGACUGACUUUAACUCUCCCUCCUCAUUUGUCAUCAAUAAACUUGCUUUUCCCUGAAACACAUUCCCAACAUAAGUGAAGACUAGAGAGCCAGAGAUGUGAAGUCCAACCUGCCGUUCAAGGUGAAGACAUGUUUUAAUAAAACAUUGCCUGUGUUAAACAUGUGUUUUCAAUGACAAUCGCAAUAUUUUACAUCGCUCGUUUGAAUGGUGUCAUCGCACUGCCAAGGCCAUCUUUGAAUUUUUUGCUUUCACACAUGCAGUAUAUUGCUGUGUGCAGUUCGAGGACUGGAGUGCAUUCAGUGUUUUUCAUGGUUUUUGAGGCCAAGCAGACACAAUUUCUCCAACAUCACUGCAAAAUGUGUGACUAGCCUUUAAGCCAUUAAUAAAAGUAAACCUUGCUUAGUCUAUUGCCUUCGGUUCGUUUUGUGUGUGUGAAUGCUUGGUUUGAUUGACUUCCACUUUUCAGUCUGUUCAAGCUGUGUGCCUUCAACAAAAUAUUUAAAUAAAGCAUUGCACUGAAUUCACACAAUCAGGGUUUUCAAAAUCAUGAAUGAACCGCGACAUUUGAUUGAUGCAGAACCACUUCAUGUCAUUUGCAUGUAGACAUUUUCAAAAUGUAUGAUUAGGAACAAAAAACGCCCAAAAUGCUGUGAAAACCUGCAGGCAUUGCACGAUUUCAUCUGCAAUCCAGGCACAACUCAAAGAUGAGUCAAAUGUAUUCGGAAUUAAACAAAGUCAAUUGCAGCCCCAUUUUAAACACCAUUUAAAAAUGGCUGCAACUAACUAUUAUUUACCGUACCGAUUGAUCUUUCAAUUAUAUUCUAAAUCAGUUGGUUGAUCUACAACACGCCACAAAAUAUUGAAACCUGCACAUAAUUUCACAGAGUGAUCAUAUUGCUGGUUUUAUUCAACCAAAAUUCAAAGAUAUUGCAUUUAAAAGUCUCACGAAUCAAUGAAAACGUGUUUAUUUUAAGGCUGAGUACAUUUUAGUCCUUGAGGUCCUCUCCACCUGCGCCAAAUGUUAUCUGCGCCAGUUUGGUGUAAGAGUCAAAGUGCUUGGAGCUCAGGUAGGUGCCGAAGAAAAUCUGAAGCACCAGUACCGCCCUCAUCUUCCUCAGUAUGGGUCUGGAGAGGUCCAUCCAGUACCGGAGCAGAUUGCCCUUCUCUGGCAACGGUGCCGUGUUGUACCUGGAUGCAAGCCCAACAUUCACGGGUAAGGCCAGGAGGAUGGGGUACACCCCACCACCGACUACACCGACGAGUGCACCUCGGAUCAGGGCGCAGGUGGGACAGUUGAGGUCACCCGACAUGAGGGGAGCGGACACCACAGCGUUAUACAGGGCGGCUGUCGUGAGGAAGGGCAGCACGGCCAUCGGCAGGCUGGAGGCGAUGGGCGCCUGUUUGACGUUCAGAGCUCUGCGAUACAAGCUGUUGGAUAUCAGUCCUGCAAGGCCUCCGUUGCCCCCCAGAUACAUGGGUCCAUACUUGAAGAGUUUCUGAUCGAGGUCAGGUAGUUUCUCGAAAUUCUUCGCCAGCAUUUCAGCAAUCACAGCUCUGGAGAGCCCGUUUCCAGAGGCGUGUUCCUUCUGGGUGUUUUCCGACAUCUUGAGAAUGAAUGAUCCAAUGAAACCGACAAUGUCCAGAUAGUUAGAUGCGCGUUUACGAUUUGAAUUACUCCACUAACACAUUUGGGUAAGGUGGUCCUCAGGUUGGAAACAGGGCGCAGCCAUGUUUUACCCACAAGUCAAAGCGUACAAAUAUUGGGUUUUACUACCCUCUGCGUAGCCUCUUAGGCUAGCAAGCGGGUCGUGGACAGUACAAAAAUAAAAGACAACGCUAUACCGGUGCAUCUCAAAUGCAACAAUAAGCUGUAUCAUUUGUCACUAAUUCAGGUGUUUUUUUUCUUCUCCAAUGUAACGUCAGAAACCUUGCUGACACAACCUCCAACGAAUUCAUUUUUAAAUACUGACAGUUUCACACUUAACUAUAUCUCUAGUAUUAAUGUUACUAUUAUUAGUAGUAAUAUUGUACAUUUUAAACAGUUGCCCGGGCUAGCAAUUAGUAUUAUAUUAGUAUUGAUACGUACAG